CUUGACCCAUCCUUGACAGUUUUAAGGCUAUACACUAUCUUUUAUCACACUUAAAACGCACGUCGGUUAAAUACGGUCAUAUGUUACAUCUUCACGCAUUUACGGCAAUACCAUAAACAUGGGCAGCAUUUACCAGGCGCCUGAACAUCUGCAAAUUUGCUGGUCAGCCACAGACAAUGUAGGACAGCCGUUGUCGGUGAUGCUGGCCAAAGACGAAGAUCGACAUCGCGAUCGAAAAGAUUAUCAGGCGAUAUACCAAUCAACGCCACGGCCUGGAUGCGAUUGUAGCCAGGAGACCCUUUCGCCUCAUCUAAUAUUAGCUGACUGACCGAAGUCUUGUUCUGCGGUUGAAAACUUUCCACGAGGCUCUAGUUAGAGCUGUGGUGAAUAUCGUGGACAGAUGGUGGGAAGAUAUUAGUGCCAACUUCCCAGCCUGAAUGCCUUUGGAGCAUCCUGUGGAGGCUGUUUUACAGUGGAUUGAUGAGCAGAGC